UUAAAGGCCCUGCACGCUGGCCCCGCCGAGGGUCCCGGGGGCGAAGGCGGCGCGCAGCGAGCGGAGGGAAGAAAACACUCUUUUCAGAGCAUCUCCUGGUAUCAUCAGAAAUGUCCUCCUUAAGUGGGAAAGUCCAAACUGUUUUGGGCCUGGUAGAGCCAGGCAAACUGGGCCGCACUCUGACCCACGAACAUUUGACAAUGACCUUUGACUGCUGUUACUACCCACCUCCUCCACGUUACGAAGCUACCUCCGAAGAACCUAUUAUGAUGAAAAAUUUAUUUUGGAUUCAAAAGAACCCUUAUUCCCAUAAGGAGAAUCUUCAGCUGAAUCAGGAGACGGAAGCCAUCAGGGAAGAACUGUUGUAUUUUAAAGCCAACGGUGGAGGGGCUUUGGUCGAGAACACUACUGUUGGCAUCAGCCGAGACGUGAAGACUUUGAAGUGGCUUGCCGAAGAGACCGGCGUCCAUAUCAUAUCUGGAGCUGGAUUUUAUGUGGACGCAACUCACUCUCCAGACACCAGAGCCAUGUCAGUGGAACAGCUUACUGAUGUCCUCAUUAAUGAAAUUCUCCAUGGAGCUGAUGGAACUAGCAUCAAGUGUGGGGUCAUUGGAGAAAUUGGUUGCUCCUGGCCUCUGGCAGAGAGUGAGAAGAAGGUUCUUCAGGCAACAGCUCAUGCUCAGGCUCAGCUCGGCUGUCCUGUUAUUAUUCAUCCUGGAAGGAAUCCAAGCGCACCAUUUCAGAUUAUCCGAGUGUUGCAAGAAGCAGGUGUAGACGUCUCCAAAACGGUUAUGUCCCACAUUGAUAGGACUAUACUUGAUAAAAAGGAACUCCUGGAGUUUGCUCAAGUUGGCUGUUACUUGGAAUAUGAUCUCUUUGGGACUGAACUCCUUCAUUACCAAUUCAACCCGGAUAUCGACAUGCCCAAUGAUAAUAAAAGAAUUAGGAGAGUGCGUCUUCUGGUGGAUGAAGGCUACGAAGAUCGAAUUCUGAUGGCACACGACAUACAUACGAAGCAUCGGCUGAUGAAGUAUGGAGGUCACGGCUACUCUCAUAUACUUACCAACAUUGUUCCUAAAAUGUUGCUUAGAGGGAUCACUGAGAAUGCACUUGAUAAGAUACUAAUAGAGAACCCUAAGCAAUGGCUAACUUUCAAGUAG